GCUCAUACAAAAUCAUUCAAAAUUUCAUUUACAACAUUUCGCCAAGGUUUCGCCUCGACCACAACAUUUUUAAAGAGGCGUUUCUCAUCCGGUGACCUACAAGGCGAAGGUCAUGAUGAUGAUCAGGAAAUACCAUCAAAUAGGCCAUUUGGCAAUGAUCGAACAACAACAAGGACUCAACCACGAUAUCAAUCUAAUAGUGGUAUCAACCAAAAUCAGUCACCACUACGAUCAUCAACAUCAAAUGUUGAUCCAAACACAGGAAUGAUAUUGAAUUUUAAAUCAUCAAAUAUCACUAGUGCACCAGUUUCGCCACAUUCAACAGCAACAAAUGUAACAAAUGUGCCAUCAGCAAGAGGUGUUAGCGGUCUAUUGUCGAGAGCAACAUCACUGACAGGAAGUAAUAUUGUGACGAAUACUGUACAACAAAUUGCACGCGCAGCCACAUCACAGGUGGCUGCCGUAAUAAAAGAUCGACAUAAAAUCUUAUUAAUUAUUGAUGAUCAUCUUGUUGAUUGGUCCAAAUAUUUUCGUGGAAGACGUUUGAUUGGUGAUUGGGACAUUAAAGUUGAACAGGCUGAAUUUAAAGAUAUAAAUCUAUCAUCCGAUUCCGAACUUGGUGCCCUGGUCACCAUUUAUACUGUUGAUCGCAAUGGUUUUCGAAUCGCACGAACAUUUCGACCAGAUUUCGUAUUGAUUCGUCAACAUAUUCAACAAGAUGGUAAUCAAAAUUAUAGUGACAUUAUUGUCGGUUUGAAAUAUGGCCUAAUACCAUCAAUUAAUUCAUUGCAAAGUUUCUAUAAUUUUCAAGAUAAAGCUUGGGUGUUUGCCAAUCUAUUAGCCAUACAACGAAAACAAGGAAAAGAAUCAUUUCCAUUGAUUGAACAAACGUUCUUUCAAAAAUAUAAAGAUUCAAGUGGUGUACCAAAAUUACCAUGUGUCGUUAAAAUUGGAUCAUCAAGUUCUGGCUUAGGAAAAGUUAAAGUAGAAAAUAUUAACCAAUAUCAAGAUAUACGAAGCGUUUUAAUGAUCACCAAUAAAUAUUGUACUAUUGAGCCAUUCAUCGAUGCUAAAUGCGAUUUUAAUCUGCAGAAAAUUGGAACAAAUUAUAAGGCAUUCACACGAAAAUCAGUAUCUGGAAAUUGGAAAGCAAAUAUUGGAUCCGCUUUAUUGGAACCGAUACCAUUUAAUGAUCGUUAUCGAAAAUGGAUUGAUGAUGUUUCCGACUUAUUCGGCGGGCUAGAUAUCUGUUCAUUAGAAGGUGUUAUUGGUAAAGAUGGCCGGGAAUUUAUUUUCAAAGUACGUGGAUCAGAUAUGGCAUUGUUGGGCGAUACCCAGGAAGAGGAUCGUAAAAAUAUCGUGGAAUUAAUCAUACAGCGGAUGAAUGCUAUUUGCAAAAAUAUUCUAAUCAAACAACAAUCCCGAGCUAGCAUCUCGGCUAAUGAACCAGAAUCGAUUGAACAACAAUCAAAACGAUCAUCGAUUACAUCAAUGAAUCAACCAACGUCAGCAGCUGUUCCGCCGCCAAUUAUGAAUCGUAGAAGCUCAAAAGAUUCCUCUUUUCCUCCAUCUUCGGGUAAUCGACCAUUACCACCUAAACCGCCACCACCAACAUCGUCAUCAUUUGCAGCAAAUCCACCAUCUAAACCACCACCACCACCACCGCCACCAUCAUCAUCAUCCACGCACUCCUCAAAUACAGUUCCUUCUUCUGUUGCUACAACAACAUCAACAACAAAGACAAUCAAUGAAAAUCCGACCAAUCCAUUUGCAAGUUCAUUCAAUCCAAACGCCAUCAAUAAUGAUGAAAAUGAACAGAUGACAAAACAGCCACCGCCAUUAAAUAAGCGUGAUUCGCAGACAACAAUCGGUGAAAUUAAAGAAGAAGUGGAUGAUACAAUGAGAAAUUUACGUAAAACAUUUGCCGGAAUUUUCGGUGAUAUGUGAA